AGAAAAGGGGGGGGGGAACUGGAAACCGGAAAUGCUGGAAUUGGUUGGCAGGGAAUCCAAGUAAAAUAAAGGAGUAAAUGGGGGGAAGUGGAACUCUCGUGGACGGUGUUCGUCGCUGGUUUCAACGUCGCAAUUUAAUUCCGUCUUCUUCUUCUUCUUCUACGGAUCAUCAGAAUACCGUUAUCAUCGAUUACAAUGAUAGCUCUUCCUCUACUCUAACUCUCACUGACAAACAACAAUCACAAGAAACAAUAACAGCAACCGAUCUUAUUGUUCAAGAUUUCGAUUUCUCUUCCUUGGGGCUCGUCAAAGUUCCUAAGCGUCAUUACUUUGUUAAUUCUUCCAUGGAUUCUCACAAAAAGGGUGCACUUGAGAAAGAGUUUUUCACUGAGUACGGAGACGCAAACCGAUAUCAAGUUCAGGAGGUCAUUGGAAAGGGAAGUUACGGGGUUGUUGCUUCUGCAAUCGACACCCAUACUGGUGAAAAGGUUGCAAUAAAAAAGAUUAACGAAGUAUUUGAGCAUGUCUCCGAUGCAACGCGUAUUUUGAGAGAAAUCAAGCUGCUACGGUUGCUUCGUCAUCCAGAUGUUGUACAAAUAAAACACAUUAUGCUCCCUCCAUCGCGACUAGAAUUUAGAGAUAUUUAUGUAAUUUUUGAGUUGAUGGAAUCUGAUCUUCAUCAAGUAAUUAAGGCCAAUGAUGACUUUACUCCUGAGCACCAUCAAUUUUUCUUAUACCAGCUUCUUCGUGGUCUGAAGUAUGUACAUGCAGCAAAUGUAUUACAUCGAGAUUUAAAACCCAAGAACAUCCUUGCUAAUGCUGAUUGUAUGUUGAAGAUAUGCGAUUUUGGUCUUGCACGAGUAUCAUUUAAUGAUGCCCCAUCAGCGAUUUUCUGGACUGACUAUGUAGCAACAAGAUGGUAUCGAGCUCCUGAACUCUGUGGAUCUUUUUUCUCCAAAUACACUCCUGCAGUUGAUAUUUGGAGCAUAGGAUGCAUAUUUGCCGAGAUGCUUAUAGGAAAACCACUCUUUCCUGGGAAAAAUGUGGUGCACCAAUUGGAUCUCAUGACUGAUAUGCUUGGUAUACCUUCUGCUGAAUCCAUAUCAAAGAUUCGGAAUGAAAAGGCAAGGAGGUACCUUAGUAGCAUGCGUAGAAAGCAUCCGGUUCCUUUCUCACAAAAAUUCCCCAAUGCAGAUCCCCUGGCUCUUUGCUUACUUCAGCGUCUACUUGCAUUUGAUCCUAAAGAUCGUGUUACGGCAGAAGAAGCAUUAGCUGAUCCAUAUUUUCAUGGUUUGGCAAAUGUGGAUCGUGAACCAACCACCCAACCUAUUUCAAAACUAGAAUUUGAGUUUGAGAGAAGGAAACUGGCAAAAGAUGAUGUCAGAGAGCUGAUUUAUCGAGAGAUAUUAGAGUAUCAUCCACAGAUGCUGCAAGAGUAUCUUCGGGGUGGGGAGCAAACCAGCUUCAUGUACCCAAGUGGCGUUGAUCGGUUCAAGCGACAAUUUGCACAUCUUGAGGAACUUUAUGGUAAAGGUGAAAGAAGUACUCCUUCACUUCAGAGACAGCAUGCUUCGUUGCCUCGAGAGCGAGUUCCUGUUUCCAAGGAUGAGAGUGUUAUUGAAAAUAAUGACACAGCUUCAAAUUCUCGGUUCUCAGACGGCUCGGAAAACACAAUUGCAGAAGGGGAAAAUGGGACUAGCAAAGGAAACAGUAGCGCUCGUAGCCUAUUGAAGAGCGCUAGCAUUAGCGCCUCUAAAUGUGUUGUUGUGAAAGAAACAAACGAAUCAACGGAGGAACCAAUCGCCGAAGCAGACGAUGAGACGGUGAAUGCCUUGUCUCGGGAUGUUGCAGCUAUUAAUGCGUGAUCAAAACUUGGAAUUUGCUUUCUCGUAGUUGGCUUGGCGCGUUACCCAUUUCCCCCUGAUUAUUGGGAAGGGGGAGUUCAUAGUGAUUCGCACCAAAAAUUCUCUUUUAUUUUUGGUUUUAGUCUGGACAGAAGCUAACAAUAGAAGUAUAGUAUCGGGUAUCGCAUGAGAACACUCUGGCUGCCGUGUAGCUUACAUUUGAGGAGUGCAAGAGUUGAAUUUUGUACUAUAAUGAAAAAGGAGAACAGACGUACUGUUUUGUCAUGUUCGUUCAUUGAUAUACCCAUAAUCAAGUUCUGAUGUC